AUGGAAUUGUCGGCGUUUGAGGAUAAUCCCUUUGCGGAGGAUGAGGAGGACGAGACCACACCUUUCGUGGAAGUCGCUUCCAGGAAAAGAGGGCGUGAGGAGGCGGCUGUAGAAGAUCCAACGCGUGAGCGCUCGUCCCAGGAGGCGGCUGUCACUGUCCAGCCUGGUCCCGCGCCAGGCGCAACUCCCGCCAUCGCGACCGUUGCCACGAUUAGCAACGAGGGUACUCAGUUACAGGAGGAGAUGGUUUCGGAGACUAAUGGAGAUACAUCCGGCGUGGGACUUCUUUCGGUGGAGGAUAUCCUUAUGGGAUACGAGGAGCGUCAGGAGGAGGACGAGUUCAAUGCACUAGUUGUGAAGGCAGCGGGUUUGGAAUCGGCGGUGAAGGAGCAGGAGAAACGCCGUAGUGAUGAGCUUGAUCACAUGUCAAAGAAUAAUCGAGAACUACGUGAGACUGUAGAGCUGUUGAGGAAGACUAUUCUACGCAUACUCGAGGAAAUUAAUGGCUUGCAAAAGGCACAUAGUGCAGCGUUUACUGCGUGCCAUACAAGUAAUGAGGCGAUGGAGUUGUUGGGAGAGGUUGAGAGGAAGAACGGGGUUCUUCAGCAGGCCGUCACAAACCUUGCAGAGUGCUUACAUGCUCGGGAUAGUGAAGGAAGCCUCCCCCCCCACCUCAAGGAACGCCUUCUCUCUUGUAUUAUUGGCACACCAUCUGAACUCCCAGAUCUUACGGCGUUUGAUGUAGAGGCAGAAAAACUUCGCUUUGAGCUCUGCAAGGAGGCGAUAGAUAAGCUGCGCACUGAAGGUACGACACAUAUAGCGCUCCCACUUGUAGAGGCGCUGGGGACGAUGCUAAAAGAAGUGAUGUCACGAUAUGACACAAUGUACAAGUCCACAAAGGCCUUGCAAGCGUGUGCGGAGGCGGAAGCAUCCUCGCUGCGUGAGCUGGCGCGGAGCUCGUUAGAGUGGUAUACCCGAUCCGCCAGUCGAGCCCUCGCCGGAAGUAGCGGCACCCAACUGUCUGUACCUACAGAGUUACAGGAGGCAGCAUUAGGCAAUCAACACUUGGAGGCCACACUACAUCACUUGGAGUCUGUGUUACACCAACUGCUUCAGAUGCCAAACGUCAUAGCGGUGUCCAGGCAGAAUGUACCUUCUGUUGCGAUGGCUUCUGCCUUUGUUAUUUGCCAGGAGCUGGAAUCUUACACGGAGACUCUGGGGCAUGAAGUGCUUCAUUUGAGGAAGCUGCUCGCCACAGAUACGGCGACGCUGCAGCAGCUGAGUGAGGCGGGGGAACCUCAAGAAUUAACCACCUCCGUGGCGGAAUCGCGUCACACACCUGUGAAGGGCGGGUGGUUGGUGACGCUAACAAAUAAUUUGUUGGAACGGCUGAGCGCUGCAGACACUCUCAGGCAUGCGUUAAAAGAUUCCGUAGAAAAGAGAGGAGCUCCGGCGGUGGAGCUGCAAAUAGCUUUUUUAAAGAGGUAUGUCGCCAUGCAGGAAACACUACUGCGUCAGCUUUGUACGUUAAACAGUGCACUGCAGGAGAGGGCCCAUAUUGUGAGCGUUAUUCGCGAGGUGGCUUUGCGUGACGGCGAUGACACGGUUAUCAGUGUGUUGGAGGAAAAGAUGCAGCAGGAGCCUGAAAACGAUAUUGCUGCACUUUCCGGGGAGUUUGGACGCAUAUGCACGGAGUCAUUGCGGCAGUUUGCCGUUGAAGCUUCUGAAUUGCUUCGUGAAUACGAGGCACGCGCUUCACAAAGCGCGCUGCAGCUACACGAAGUUCGCAAUUUUUUUUCAGACACAGUUCAUGCACUAGACCGCAUUGUGUACGGCGACACACCAAAAUCGAGGCCCAUUCAAAUACCACUUUCGGAUGCACUGCUGCCGAUAAUGGCAGAGACGAAUGAGACGCCCUUCGAACUAAAGUUGGUCCCCUCCGAGGAUGGGGGCGAAGCCUUUGUGCAGAUGGCCUCCACCUACCAUGACCAAGAGAUGCAGGAGGAGGUUGUUGCCCUCAAUCGACGAAGUUCGGUGCUGAAAGAAUGUUUAAAGUGGUUGUCAAUGCAACCAUAUCACGGCACCGUCUCACGGUUGCGUUCCCUACAGAAGGAAAUUGACGCUGUCAGACAGAAGCUGGCAGAAUUUGUCGAGCAGGAAGCGAAAUGGACUGCGCUGAAGGAGGAGUUGGAGGCGGUCCGCAGGGAAACGUUUGCUGUUCAAGGCGCCACGGCAAAGAUGCGAGACAAAUUAAAUGACCUCCGUGAGCGCCUGCGGGCGAGCCCGUAA